AUGGUGCCACGAAACUCUGAGAGGCAACGUUCUAAAUAUUGCAGAGGAUUGGAAUUGCCAUCUCCACGUAAUUCAGAAUGCUGCCUUGUCCGCUCAGCUCUCCUCUGUAUUCUGAACACAGUGUCCUCUCAGUUCUCUGCACUAUUUAGAACUCUGCCGUGUCCGCUUAGUUAUCCUCCCUAUUCAGAAUGCUGCAUUGUCCGUUCAGUUCUCCUCGCUAUUCAGAACGCUGCCGUGUCCGCUCAGUUCUCCUCGCUAUUCAGAAUGCUGCCGUGUCCUCUCAGUUCUCCUCGCUAUUCAGAACGCUGCCGUGUCCGCUCAGCUCUCCUCGGUAUUCUGAACACUGCUGUGUCCUCUCAGUUCUCUGCACCAUUUUGA